UUGAAUCCGACGGAAUCCUCUAUAUAUUUGAAUAGCUCAAAUAAACAUUAGUGAUACUAUCAGUAGCAUAUCAAGUUUUCAGUGUUUGGUGAAAACAUAACAUAAAUAAUAAUUGCCUUGUGAAACGUUUCAAGUUAGUGACAAUAACGGAAUAAAAAUGAUAUCCGAUCCACAAGUGAAAGUCGAGGGUGGAAUUUUAGAGGGGUAUAUAUGUGAGAAUGAGGAUGAUCCAGGAAAGAGUUAUUUCAGUUUUCAAGGGAUUCCUUACGCUAAACCACCUCUAGGAGAUCUCCGUUUUAAGGCUCCUCAACCAGUAGAGCCUUGGAUAGGGGUCAAAAAAGUGAAAGAAGAUGGAAAUCCAUGCUACGCGAGGGAUAUGUUAAACUCAGAAGAAAAAUCAGGGUCGGAGGACUGUCUCUACUUAAACGUUUAUACACCAAAGCUGCCUUCAAAGAAUAAGAAUACAGUGACGUUUGACUUAAAACCAGUUAUGGUUUUUAUUCACGGUGGAGCUUUCACAUCUGGUUCAAAUUCAAAAUUCAUAUUUGGUCCUGAUUAUUUGAUUCGUGAAGAUGUAGUCAUCGUAGUUAUCAACUACAGGUUAGGAUUCUUAGGAUUCUCUCACUUCAAGGACAAAACAUUAGGGGUACCAGGAAACGCAGGGCUGAAAGACAUGGUAUUAGCGUUACGAUGGGUAAAAAAGAACAUAAAAAAUUUCAACGGAGAUCCAGAAAAUGUAACCAUAUUUGGAGAGAGUGCGGGUGCAGCUUCAGUUCAUUUACUAGUUUUAUCUCCUAUGGCGAAAGGUCUUUUCCAUAAAGCAAUAGCGCAAAGUGGUUGUGCGUUGAACAUUUGGGCACAGAUGGAGAAUAUCGUCCCCAGAAUUGCCAAGGCUCUCAAUAUGGAAGGAUGUGAUGAAAGAACGAUUUUUAAUAGGUUGAAAGAAUUACCUGUUGAAGAUCUAUUCGCAAUCCAAGAAACAUUUCCUGAUCCUUGGGAUGUUAGUAUAAUACGUUUUAUCGGAUUUAUAAUAGAAGACCCAAAUCAAGAAGAAGAGGCUUUCCUUUCAGAACAUCCAAUGGAUAUUUUAGAAAAGGGUGAAUAUAACCAUGUUCCUAUUAUGAUGGGCUAUAACUCAAGGGAAGGAAUGCUGGUACAUGUAAACCACAAGAAAUUGUUCAAGCAAUUAAUACCGCAACUUGAGAAUUCAGUACCUGUCAACUUAGGUAUCAAAAAAGGAACAGCGUUAUCCAUGAGAAUAGCAAAUCAAAUUAUGGAGUACUAUUUUGGAGACCAAGAUCCUGAUAAAUGUGAUAUCGAUCUUUCCUACAAGUUAUGGUCAGACAAUUUUUUCAUCAAAGAUAUUUAUAGAUCUGCUAUAGCACAGGCUGAUAAUAAUACGAAACCUGUUUAUCUGUAUGAAAUGACAAUAGAAUCAUCAUUGAAUUUAUUCAAAGCAUUCGCUGGUAUAAAAUCACCAGGUGUUUGCCAUGCUGACGACCUAUUCUACCUCUUCAAAACACAACUAAACGGAGAAAUAGAACCAGACAGUAUAGAAGACAAAGCAGUGAGAAGAUUUUGCAGGCUAUGGACGAAUUUUGCUCGAUACGGAAAUCCAAAUUCACCUCAUGCUGAUCCUUUAUUACCAGUCACGUGGAAAACCUUUUCAAACCGUUCGAAAAAUUAUUUGGAAAUCGGUGAGGAACUCAAAGCCAUGACCGAACCUUUAAUGGAAAGAAUGCAAUUUUGGGAAGAUGUUCACAAAUAUAGAAACAUUUCAAAAUCUAAAUUAUGAGACAAAUAUAUCUGUGAAUGAAGUAA